AUGUCCCGGCGUGCACAAAAGCUUUGCAAUGACAUAGUGCAGGCAGCCGAUCGUCCAAACACAACACCACCUCGAGUGAAACUCAGUAAAAUUACCUUCCAAAGUACAAACAAAGUUAAUGGAAAUUUUUUUCGCUCGGUAACUUUAGAAAAAAGGAAAGUCACUGGCAAGCCUGCACCACACGCUGAAAACGUCAAAAGAAAACCUGAGAAAAAAUUUACUCAAAAAAUCUUUGCAGACAUUGCAGUUAAUACCCUUGUAACUGGUCCUUUGAGGUGCGAUAACGAGUGUGUGACGCUGAUUCGGAAGCGAGGAGAUAGUCUCAAUUGUAGAUGCCCCAGUAAACAAGUCAACAAUAAAAAAGUUGCAAAACAAACUCAAACACAAGUUAAAAGUCACGUGCUACUGGACAAAGCUUGCGCAAAAAGUAUAGAGACUGUUAAUUGUGGAAUUCAAAUACAAAAGUCCAGUGAAUUAAUCAAUUCAAACAAAAAGAAGAUAAGAGCUCAAUGUGCACAACAAUGUGUCCCACAAAACAAUCAUAACCGGGAAUCGAUAAAGUGCUUAUGGGAAUCGACAGUCCAUAAUAAACCAUUCAGAAAUUACUACAGUUACAAUGUGACAAAAAGAUGGGCUUUGUGUCGCCAUCCAAUCCGAGGACCAGAUUUUUAA